AUGUACUUGCCCGGCCUUCGGCUUAGCCCGUGCACUACCAGGACUUGGCACGCGCGCUGUACGCGAAAUUGGACACGUACUCUCAACCGUCGAAACAUCACCAACAUCACAACUUUCCGCGUGCAUAUUGCUGGCACGAUGCUGAGAGAUAUCACGGGCAACCCGUACGCUGCGCGGCAGAAGGUUUUCGGCACCCACGAGCUGGUCGAGCAGAUUCUCAUCCGCCUCGCAUCCCCGACCGCUAUCGUCCGACUGAGCCACCUGAACGAGCAUCCAUACACUCUGAUCCACAAGAGUUCGGGAGAGCAGCUCAAGAGGAAGUCCUUCCUGGCGCCUGCGAAGGACGGCGGCACCAAGUGGAUCGUGGACCGAGAUUCUCAGUUCCCUCGAGUGCUUUCCGUCCCAGCCAGCCAUCAAGUCCCGCCACAUGUCUUCAACCCUCACAACCCGCAACCACCGCCGCUCGUGCAAUACCCUACAAUCCUCAAUCCCGCCCUCCUCAAAGACAAGUACUACAGCACACGCAAGCUGUUCGACCGGCUGGAGCUCUUCACCGAGUGCGUCAGCUUCAUCCCGGACCUGGACAUGCUUCUAAGCAACUUGGAGGGAAUCCAGCACGAUGGAGAGAGCUACAAGUGGACCAUCUACAAAGCCAUGCUCUCCCAGCCACCCGCCAAGCAUGUCUGGAUCGACUGGGACAAAAGCUUCGACGGACGGAGCUGGAACUACGAAUCCGGAGUCGAACGUCUUCAUAAUGAGAACGGCAUAACUCUUGAGCAGCUGUUGCGAGCCUACAGGUAUUUGGCCGUCCAGGGACUCGACAUCGUCGACAUCCGCAUCCCACGGGCCUUCUUCGUCGGCGAGCAAGAGUGGGAUUGGGUUGAGGGCAAGUGCAUGAAGCCUGGACCAGCUUUGUAUCAAGCACCGAUCGUAGAAGUCAAGCAACAGCGGACGCGUCAAGAUCAAGAGGAACUUGAGGGGAGAGUGUGGUCGAAUGAGGACCUCGCUGCUCGCAUUUUGUCACAGGUUGAGCCAAAGCUAGUACUGGACCUGGCCGACGCGCACAGAACUUUCAACAACAUCGCUCGCACGCUACGCCAGAAGAACAUCCGCCAGGCAAUGUUUAUCGAGCCUGAAAGCCUCGACCUCUCAGCACCUCGCCUUGCCAUUUGCCACGCCGAGUCCGCCGUGGAGUACUACGACUCCUCAACCCUCACCUACACUCCACCACCUGCCAGCUUAGAGGAGCUGUACUACAAGCCACACCUUCGAGAAGCAACUCUUGACGGCAAGAUGGUCACGAUCCUGGACAUCCAGCGUCUGAACGAAUCACUCUUCAAACGCAAAACUGAUCUCGUCGGGCCCGAGGCUUUCUUAGUGUCUGGAGCACACGGGAGCAUCAUCAAGUUCAAGCGACAGAUUCAAGCUACGAGCUUGCCCCAGCGACGUAAGAGACUUCCCUAUGACAUGACCAUUUGCCACACGCCAGUCAAGAGCGUCUGGGUUGACUGGCAUACCAAGACGCCGCUGUGGCAGAGGGACCAGAGCGGCAUCCGACUCGGCGGCCAUAUCUUGAAAGCAUCCAACGACGCUGUUGGCGUCACCUACCUCGACCUGGUGCAGGACUUCAUCAGCUGCCGCCGUCAUGAGUCCCAGGAGGUCGACGUCGAGAAGACCACGAUCUACGUCCCUGGUGUGUGUUUCCCAACAGAGGGCGAAGUCGUACUCUUUCGCUCAGGCUGGUAUGCCAGCACACAGAAGCAAUUCAAGGACUGCUUCCAGCGUGAACGCUCACCAAUCGACCCCGCCUGUGUUACACCAACUUCCACUGCACAAGCUGCACGCCCUCUCUCGCUAUUCGAGACGCAGCUAUCGACUGUUCAGACGAGCAUGCGGCGAUACGAGAGCCAGCAGCUGCAGCAGCAAAUGCAUUUCCCAAAUCCUGCUGGUGAUCGAAUGGCGACCUUUGGCGUCGACCGCUUCGGCUUGCAAGCCACGAAGAUCUCCAACCCCCUCUUCACGACCACUCCUCGAUCGUCUCCAGUCAGCCACAUGGCUGGAGUCACGCACAACCCACUUCAAGAGAGCAACAUCGACGAGGCUCGCGGACCGCUUUCAUUCAUGGACAUGUAUCCUGCGCCUGUCACGGAGACCGACAGCAACGUGGACCUCUCAGAGAAAGGAGACUCUGACGGUGACUCCGGGCAGGACUUCGCAGAUCCCACGGACCACGACUCCGCCGACGAUCUCGACGAUGAAAUGGCUUUGGUCGAGGACCCAACUCCAUUUCUUGAUCCCGACUCUCCCUCUCGUCGCAAUUCUGCAUGGAUGAUUGACUCCGCCGCGUACGCCGCGCGCGCCAGCGUCUUCAGGGAGGAUAGAAAGAAAAAGAAAGCGAGCCACGGCGGGAUCAUCCUCUCGCAGAACACCCAUCAGGACAUUGUUCGGCGCUUCGAGCGUCGAUAUAGGCGCAAUCUAGCCCAUGUCGACCUGUUCGCGACUGCUUUGAGAAAGGAGCCACCAGCCACGAAAGAGAUUAUGAGAGAGAAUAUGAGGCAGAUCAAGCUGAAGAUGGACUUUCGGCGGAAGUUCAAGGCAGCGGACGACGAGAUGAAGAAGAGAGAGCUGGAGUGGAUCCCGCUGCCUGAGGGUACGCCGAGGUCUUACAAGGAGGAGGAGCAGGAGGAUGCGGAGAUGAUGUCUUUGUUGAAGGAGUUCGCUGCUGGAGAAGAGCAGCAGUAG